AUGACGCUGUCAGUAUCAGACCAAUGCCGCUCCUGCAUCGCUAUUCUCCAGGAAGUCAUUUCGGCCCCGCCCCAGCUAGAUCGCAACGGCAAAAAUGCCAGAAAUCUUCGAAUGGGGGAGGAACUGGACAGGUUCAGUCUUUUUGUUGGAAACAUUGGAGCUCCCCAUCAACCCGAGUCACCCAUGUCCAUCGAGUCACCCAUGUCCAUCGAGUCACGAUUGCAAGGAGCCCAUGAUGUGCUUACUCACAUUGUGGGUCUCUUAGACGACUUGAAAGAAGUUAUUGGAGAGCUCCUAGAUAUUGUCUCUGGUAAAAGAGAAGGAAUGGCCUCGGUUGCUGACGAGACUGAUGAUGAAUGUGGAGGAGAGAUCAGUGAGGACCACCGUGAGAAACUGGCAGACCCACUCAAUCGCCACGAAAAAUCGGGUGGUUCGGCCUACAGACCUCAGAUUCCUAAUGUCAAGCAGUCACUGGAUUCGAAGCCAACGCUAGAUAGGGAGAGUCUACCUUCCUUCUUCACUAAAGCCACCAUUGUCGUCGCCGAAAAGCUCGCGCAUCAACUGGAUGUUGCCGGUGAAUCAGAUCCAGGUGAUGCUCGUUCUUACACAACAAUAUCCCGCUCGAUCGAUGACGAUCGAGAGUCAUCCACCAAUGUUCGCAUCCCAGAGCUUGAUUCUUUACGCACUGAUCAUAGGAAAGAGUUCGAAUGCCCAUUCUGCUUUCGCAUCAAAAAUUUCAAGAGCGAGCGUGUGUGGAAAAAGCACGUCUUCUCAGAUCUUCGUUCAUACGUCUGCACGUUCCCAGACUGUGAUGCACCAUAUUUUGGUGACAUCAACAAAUGGUUUCAACAUGAAAUGACAUUUCAUCUUAUUUCAAUCAAGAGGGGAAAAUAUACUCUCCAUCUAAAACGGGAGCAUGAUGAGACUUUGGAUGAUGGUGGGGAACAAACAGCAAGAGAUCUCUCUCAAAAGCCACUGGCCCAGAUUCCAGCAACCGGUUGUCCUUGCUGCUCUGAUUGGUCUGUUCGUUUGAAAGAGCGAGUCAUUCAAACGAGCGGAUCAGCACCUACAGGGAUUCUGGCUGUUACCCCAACAACCUUUAAACGUCACCUCACAGGCCAUCUCGAGCAACUUGCACUUUUUGCCAUCCCUAUUGGCGCUUCGACUGAUGCCAACAAUGACUCGAAUGCUGCCAUAGAGGAGGCAAAGAGUAAGCGGACAGACGCGUCAAAAAUCUCGGCUUUGACAUUUUCAAGCAAUCGUGGUGAUUUAGAAAAAUCAACAUCAGAGUCAGAAGUACAUGGGUCCGCAGGCCUUCUUCACACUGAUAUCCAGCCUUCCGCAAGCGAGACUAGUGUUGGGAUUAAGUACCAACCUUCUGUAUCCUCUCGUAUCCCUGUGGAAGGAAUGUGGGAGAAAACCGAACAGUCAGAUAGAUUGGCCUCCUUGACUGCCCUAGCGGAGGACCUAAGCCGCUCAGGAACCUGGAAAGACGCGCAUGCUCUGUAUGCGCACGUGGUAGAGACUAGCAAUAAGAUUUUCGGAUUAGAACACUCCAACACAAUGAGACGCAAGAUUCAACAAAAGACAGCCUAUCAGCGCUAUACCCAAUUCGCCGCAACUGAAGAAACGCGUUUGCAAGCGCCAGGAGAACUAGGAAAGUGGGAAGAGGCAGAAAAUUUGUACAAAAUAUUUCUAGAGUUACGAAAGAAGAUGUAUGGAUAUCAUGAUCCAUCAACGCUUCCAGUCGCGCAUAGAUUGGCGCUUAUGCUUGCAAAGCUGGGGAAACUCAUAGAGGCAGAAACUAUCUACAAAGAUGUACUAAAGGGGUAUAAGCGUACUUCCGGAAAUGAUGAUAAAUCAUUGCUUUCAUUUGGACACAGCCUAGCGUCAUUUCUAAGUAGUUUAGGGAAGUAUGAAGAGGCGGAGUCGUUGUGUAGAGAAUUACUGUCAAUAUAUAAAGAGAAGGGCUGGCAUCAAACUGAAGACGCAAUCUCGGUGUUAGAAACUCUAGCAGAUGCUCUUACCUACAAAGAAAGGGUUGAUGAUGCAGAUUUCUAUCAUGGAUAUUUGUCACAGCUGUAUAUGGGAAAGCUGUUGGGAGAUCGUGAAGAAGCCCAGAGGUUGAUCACUCAGGAAAAGUACGAGAAGGCGGAGCAUGUCUGUAGAAAAGCUCUGAUAGCAUGUGAAAAGUAUUUCGGGAUUGAAUCCCGACAAUCACUGCCGCUAUUGCGAGAAUUGGGCGUUGCACUGGUACACCAGAAAAAGCUUGAAAAGGCGGAAUUUAUCUUCAGAGAAGCACUUAAGAUAUACGAACAGCCUUCCAGAUUCAUCGAUGUAACCAUGCCAGAUGUCAUGGAAGGGCUGGGGAAUGUACUGGAGAUGCAAGGAAGACCCGAAGAGGCAGAGGGUAUGAGAUCACGGAUGCGAGAGGCACUGGAGGUUCGAGAGGCUAGAGAGGUUAGAGAUGUGCAAUUGGCCCGCGAAGCCAGGCUAAUGCGAGAGGUGCAGAUAUCUCAGUACCUUGGUUGA